UCCGGGGCGGCCUGUUAGGGGCUGCGCGGCCCUCGCUGCCGGCGCUGCGCUGCCUUUGCUUCAGCGUUGGAUCUAUUCCGGCUUGGACUACGUUUCACCUCGGACCCCACGGCUCUGAUGAACUUCUCCCGCUGGUUCGUUUUCCGCUGACCUUGUGGUCGUUUUCUGUGUGCGGAGUUAAGGUGACCCAGGUCUGAAUGCGAGAGGAGCUCACGGUAGGAGCCCUGCGUCCCCGCGAUAGGGCAGGUGGAGGCGAAGCCCCAGGCCCGUGUAUUUGGAGUCCAGAUGUGAGAAAUGGGAAAAAAAUGACUCCCAGUGUGAGGUAAUGGAAAGAAGUACAGUCUUUGACCUUGAGGACUCCAUUUUCAGAAAUGAGUGGCAAAACAAAAGCAAGACUGAGACAAGGGUCUCGAGGGAUAUUUUAGUUUCAUUAGGGAGCAUGUCCACGGAGCUCCUCAUGCUGUCAUUUCAGAAGUGGAAUUCCCUGACCAAUUCUUUGCAGUUCUAACCAUGGACCAUGAAUUGGUGACAUUCAGGGAUGUGGUCAUCAACUUCUCUCAGGAGGAGUGGGAAUAUCUGGAUUCUGCUCAGAGGGACUUGUACUGGGAUGUGAUGAUGGAGAACUACAGCAAUUUAGUCUCACUGGAUUUGGAGUCCAGCUGUGAGACAAAGAAUUUAUCUGGAGGAAAGGACAUUAUUGAAAACAAUGGUUCUCAGUGGGAGUUAAUGGAAAGUAGCAAAUUCUUUGGCCUUGAAAGCUCCAUUUGCAGAAAUAACGGGCAGAGCAAAAGCAAGAUUGAAGUACAAGGACCUCAAGUGGGAUAUAUCAGUGAAAUGAAAGCCACUUCCAAAAAAGUGCCCUAUUUCAACAGUCAUGAAUCUCUUAAAUUACCUCAGAGAACCCAUGACAGUGAGAAGCCCUAUGAAUAUAAGGAAUAUGAGAAAGUCUUCAUUUGUGACUCCAACUUUGAUGAAUAUCAGCGAAUACAUGCUGGUGAGAAAGCCUAUGAAUGUAAUGAAUGUUGGAAAACCUUUGGGAUAGAUAACUCACGUACACUACAACUCAAUAUUCAUACUGGUGUGAAACCAUGUAAAUAUAUGGAAUAUGGGAAUACAUUUACUUUUUAUAAAGACCUUAGUAUACACCAGAAAAUUCAUAAUGAGAAGUUCUAUAAACGUAAGGAAUAUGGAAGAACUUUUGGAAUAAUUGGAAAAGUUACUCCACUUCAAAGAAAUGAUGGUGAGAAGCCCUAUGAAUGCACAUACUGUGGGAAAUCCUUUAGAGUGCAUGCACAACUUACCCGACAUCAGAAAAUCCAUACUGAUGAGAAAUCUUACAAAUGUAUGGAAUGUGGCAAGGACUUUAGAUUUCAUUCACAGCUUGCUGAACAUCGGAGAAUACAUACUGGUGAGAAACCCUACAAGUGUAUACACUGUGAGAAGGUUUUUAGAAUUAGUUCACAGCUCACUGAACAUCAGAGAAUUCAUACAGGGGAGAAACCUUAUGCAUGUAAGGAAUGUGGGAAGGCUUUUGGAGUCUGUAGAGAACUUGCUCGACAUGAGAGAAUUCACACUGGUAAGAAACCCUAUGAAUGCAAGGCAUGUGGAAAGGUCUUUAGAAAUAGUUCAUCCCUGACUAGACAUCAGAGAAUUCACACUGGUGAGAAACCCUAUAAAUGUAAAGAAUGUGAGAAAGCAUUUGGAGUAGGUAGUGAACUUACUCGACAUCAGAGAAUUCACAGUGGUCAGAAACCGUAUGAAUGUAAGGAGUGUGGGAAGUUCUUUAGACUUAGUUCAGCCCUUAUUCAGCAUCAGAGAAUUCACAGUGGUGAGAAACCUUAUGAAUGUAAGGUGUGUGGGAAGGCCUUUAGACACAGUUCAGCCCUUACUGAACAUCAGAGAAUUCAUACUGGAGAAAAACCUUAUGAAUGCAAGGCAUGUGGGAAGGCCUUUAGACAUAGUUCAUCCUUUACAAAACAUCAGAAAAUUCAUAAUGGUGAGAAACCCUAUGAAUGUAAGGAUUGUGGGAAUGCCUUAAAUGUGGUUCGGCACCUUAUUUGACAACAAAAGAUUUAUACUGGUGAGAAAAAAGUUAUUUGAAUGAAAUAAAUGUGGAAAGGUUUCUGUUUCUGGUUUUCAUUGGGAAAACCAAUGGAUUUAACAGGUAAUCAAGGGGAUUCAAUAUAUCCCUCUUUUAAAAUAUGUUUUUGGAUUACAUGGCCAUUCUGUAUUUAGAAGCUAAAUUGUUCAGUCUUAGGUGGUAUAUACUUACAAUUUUGUUAGAUAUUGCCAAAUACUUCUCCUUUUUAAAUCAAUUUAUGUUCUUAUUAUCUAUUGGACAUAGGAUGGACCCCAUUAGUCUGUUUCUGAAAUGUUUGGAACUUGUUUCCCUAAUUAUGAGUGAUUUGAGUUAUUUUCAUAUAAAUUUAUUAUCCAGGCAUAUUUUGUUUACAACUUUUGGUGUUUGUGUUUUUGCUU